AUGUUCGAUCCCGCCGCGGCACCCGCAGGGAUGAGCGAUGGAGGGGCCGAGCCCGGCGGGAGCCCCGUCCUACGGGCCGAGCCCUCCGCUACCGGGCGGUCCCGGGAGAAGGCACGGACCCGGGCGGAGCUGGAGAACGCCCUGCGCAGCGGCGGCGGCGGCGGCUUCAAGGACAUCCCAGGAACGUCGUCGGUCAGCCCCGGUUCCUCCAAGGAGUGCGCUCCGGACAGCGAGAGCCCGGCGGGAACCGGCGAGGCGGAUUACUGCCGCCGCAUCCUGGUGCGAGAUGCCAAAGGAACGAUCCGGGAGAUCGUGCUUCCCAAGGGCCUGGACCUGGACCGGCCCAAGCGGACACGAACAUCCUUCACUGCGGAGCAGCUCUACCGCCUGGAGCUGGAAUUCCAGCGCUGCCAGUACGUGGUGGGCCGGGAGCGCACGGAGCUGGCGCGGCAGCUCAACCUCUCCGAGACCCAGGUGAAGGUCUGGUUCCAGAACCGCCGCACGAAGCAGAAGAAGGACCAGAGCCGGGACUCAGAGAAACGCUCCGCCACCACCUCCGAGUCCUUCGCUACCUGCAACAUCCUGCGGCUGCUGGAGCAGGGCCGGCUCCUGCCCGUCCCGGCCCCCCCCAGCCUCCUCUCUCCCACCUCCCAUCCCAUCGCCAGUCCUACGGGCAACGGAUCCGGCCUGGCCACGCCGGGAACCACGUCCCCGGGGCUCAGCGGCGGGAGCAGCCCCCCCGCACCGGGAGCCUUCAGCCUGCAGGUCCCGUCUCUCGCCUCCUCCUCCUCCUCGUCCUCCUCGCCCAGGCUGCCGGGCUCCGCGCUGUGCUUCGGGGCGCCGCUCCUGGGCAGCCUCCACGACCUCCCUGGCGCUUAUGGACUGGGCACUUCUGCGUUCGAGCCUUACACGCGCCUGGAAAGGAAAGACAAUUCCAUACCCAGCAAGAAGCCGAGCCCUUAAACCGAAACGAGUGUCAAAAAGGCUCCCCCCAAACCCACCAACCCCCGCCUCCAUGCACCCCACAUCCCGCACCGGGGGUGGUUUGGCAAAUAGGAUGUGGAAAACCAUUGAUCACCCGUCCGGGUGUGCGUGCGAGUGUGCACACAUGUGUAAGUGUGCAUACACGUAUGUAAGUGUGUACACAUGUAUGUAAGUGUGCACAUGUGUGUGUGAGUGUGCACGCCCCAUCCACACCGAUACAGCCGUGGAGGACACCCUGAAGCUCCUCGCCCCAGUGCUGAUGCUGGACCUGGUCGGGGGGGUCCUGUGUGUCCCGUGUCACCGGUGCUGCCCCAUCCCGCAUCUCUCGUCCUGAUGGAUCUGCCAGGGCCACAUCAUCCCCUCUGCAGGUAUCACCCAUUCGGGGUCUGGAAAAUGAUGCUGUGGUCUGUGCUGUGUGGGCUGGGAGAGGAGCAGCUCCGGGGGGACAUUCGGGGGCUGUUGGAGCCCCCGUGGUCUUUUGGUGCCUCUUACAGAUGGGACCCCUGAGCCCUGGUCCCUCUGGGCUGCCAGUCGGUGUUGGGGUCACUGCUGAAGCCCCGGGGAGCAAGGGGGCACCCCAAAAGUGCUGGGCUCUGUCCCUGCCUGGCCACGGUGUCCUUGGGCCUCGGUUUCCCCACCUGCAAAGGGCUUUGUGCUAUGGAUGAGCUUGUCUUGGAGCAUCCCAGUCCCCCUGCACUGUUCCCAUGGGAUGCUCAUCCUCUGAGGGGAGAUGGGAGGCUCAGGGGGAACUGAUGGUGCUGGUGAUGUCUCAGUGACCACCCUGGCUCAUGAGACAGCCCCAGGCUUGUCCUGAGCUAAACCACCGUCUAGAUCCUCUUUUGGUGCUGUCCCAGUGUGGCAAAGCCCCCGGGAUGCUGAGGAGCCCCUGACCCAAGGAUACCCCACCAAGGGGGAUAUGGAUGUAUGGACAGUUGUGACACUGGAUCUGCCCCUCUGGGUCGGGCCAGGGGGGCUCUUUGUCAUCAGUGGGUACCCAAAGCCCCCAUAGCCCCAUCCUGGGGUGCUGGGUGCUCAGCACUGUCACUGCAGUGAGCCCCAUCCUGAGCACAACCCCCUCCCAUUCCUCCCAUCACCAAGCAGGGCCCUGGGGCACCCUCAGCUGCUCUUCCCACCUCAGCACCCAGAUCCCAGAGGGUGAGGACGACUUCCCACGGGGCAGGAUUUGGCCUCGGGUGUGUGGUGCUGGGGCUGCUCUCAGGCUUGGGGAUGUGGGAAGAGGUGUGAGCUCCAUAGGGUUGAUGGUGGGCUUGGAGCUGUGAUAGCUUCGCCUUGGCUGGGUACCCUUUGGUGGCACCACCCUGGCUGGAUGCUCUGUGGUGGCAUCACCUUUCGGGAUGCUCCAUGGCACAGCCCUGGGGUGACACUGCUGUAACAGGAGCUGGGUGAUGCCCCAAGACCUGUCCCAUCACUCAGGACCUGCCAUGGGACUCAUCCCCCCAAACCCCAACCCAAGGGGCUCCUGCAUCCCCCCGCUGCGGUUUGAUGUCUAAUAACCACAAUCACCAUGGACUGACCCCCAGCCUGGCCUGAGGGGUGCAGCCCCCCUGCCCUGUCCCAAUGGGGGGGGACACAUCUCGCGUGUGCCCCGGAUUGUGAAGGGAGAUAUUUAAAAUAAAGGAUUUUAUGGAAAGUUU